CAUGACCAACAGCUCCUCCACGUCCACCACCACCUCCAGUGCCGGGGGGUCGCUGCUACUGCUGUGCGAAGAGGAGGGCUCGUGGGCAGGACGUCGGAUUCCCGUGUCCCUCCUCUACUCGGGCCUGGCCAUCGGAGGGACGCUGGCCAACGGCAUGGUCAUCUACCUGGUGUCAUCCUUCCGAAAGCUCCAGACCACUAGCAACGCUUUCAUUGUGAACGGCUGCGCUGCUGACCUGAGCGUGUGCGCCCUCUGGAUGCCGCAGGAGGCCGUAUUAGGACUGCUGCCCAACUCCUCGCCCGAGCCUCCAGGGGGGUGGGACGGCGCUGGGGGCAGCUACCGCCUUCUGCGGGGCGGGUUGCUGGGCCUCGGUCUCACCGUGUCCCUCCUAUCCCACUGCUUGGUGGCUUUGAACCGCUACCUGCUCAUCACGCGGGCGCCCGCCACCUACCAGGUGCUGUACCAGCGGCGCCACACGGCAGGCAUGCUGGCACUGUCCUGGGCACUGGCUCUGGGGCUCGUGCUGCUGCUACCGCCCUGGGAAGCGCCGGCAGGUCGCGUGCCCCCAGAGGUGCACUACCCGGCGCUGCUGGCCGCUCUGGCGCUGCUGGCUCAGACGGCGUUGUUGCUGCACUGCUACCUGGGCAUCGUGCGGCGGGUGCGGGUGAGCGUCAAGCGGGUCAGCGUGCUCAACUUCCACCUGCUGCACCAGCUGCCGGGCUGUGCCGCGGCCGCGGCCGCCUUUCCAAGUGCCCCCGGCCCCCCUCACCCGCACCAGGUGCCCCAAGCGGCCGCAGCAGCGGCUCAGCCCCUGCCGCCCACUCUGCACCCGCGCCGGGCACAGAGGCGCCUCAACGGGCUGUCCGUGCUGCUGCUCUGCUGCGUCUUCCUGCUGGCCACGCAGCCCCUCGUGUGGGUGAGCCUAGCCAGCGGCUUCUCUCUGCCAGUCCCCUGGGGGUUGCAGGCGGCCAGCUGGCUUCUGUGCUGCUCUCUGUCCGCCCUCAACCCGCUGCUCUACACCUGGAAGAACGAAGAGUUCCGCCGUUCGGUGCGCUCGGUCCUGCCAGGCAUCGGGGACGCGGCGGCCGCAGCCGCCGCCGCCACUGCCGUACCAGCUGUGUCCCAGGCACAGCUGGGCACCCGGGCCGCUGGCCAGCACUGGUGACGCGGUUGGCAGGGCAGCCCAGGCGACGGAGAAGAGGUUGCCCGACUCCCAACUCCCAGACCGCCCCCUCCUCCAAAGCAGCACAUCGCUGGAGGAAGAGGACUCAUGAAAUACACUGCAAUAAAGCUGGCAAGAGAAACUUCAUCCAGCUCUCACAGGGACAGCCAGGAUCGCCAGCUCCCUCACUCUCAGAACGCGAAAGGGAUGGGGUGCGGGUGUCCCGAAGAAAAGAAAACUCACUUUCUUCCCCCAAUCAUUCAGUUCGGUCUGCUAUUGACUGCUUAUUACCCCUUAGACUGCGGGUAGGAGGGAAGAGGACACCGAAGCUGGCAAUUUAAACACCCAUGCGAACUUCAUUCUAAACCAUAGACUACAUACUACAGGUCAACUCGCGUUUUCCUUUUGGAUCAUUCACCGUGAUUAAAGUACCUUUAUUUCCCCCUUCAUUGUAUAAUAGUUUAUUAAAAGCCCUGGGUGUGCAUGGGACAAAGAUUCUUUAUGCUCUAUGAUUUUUAGGAGAUACCUGCUAAUUUUGAUUUGGUCUUUGUUCAUUUAUCCAAUGUAUAUUAUUAGCCUGCAGUAGUGUUGGAGCAGAAUUUUGCAAAAUAUGAGUUAUCGGUAAUGUUGGUAAGACUUUGCUUCAGAGAUGGCAAAGUGUCUCCUGAAUGAGAUUCACUCAGCCAGUGAGGAAGUCAAGAAUUGCUUACUUGUAAUAGCUUUUUGCAAUCCUGGAUGUAGGAAGUUUCAUAAGAUAUUAAAUCGACAUUUGGUAAGCUGAGAGUUCAUUGUAGGAGCUAGUAACAGUAGGCAGUUGUGAAAACAAAUGAGGGGGCUUUUUAAUUUAGGAAAUGAUUUCAUGGUUUCUAUAGCAUGCACCAACUCAUUGCAACCAAUAUCUUGUAACAGUUCUAUAUGCCCUCCAAGUGUGAUUGCAGUUUUGUUUUGUUUUACAUUCUGUAAUUUAAUGGUUGCUAAGGAGAGUAAGAUUUCUGUUGUAUGCUUAACAUUAAAAAUAUCUCAAUGCACAUGAUAUAAUUAAACACUCUUAGUACAAUGACUUCAUAGCUAAACUUAGCAGCUGUUGCAUGCUCCUAAGUGUUAGAACUUAUGGAGAGUGCAGGUAAUGGAUCAAAGGCUGUAUACCCCACUAGACAUGGGCCACUGGACAUUCUACUUCUUUCAGAAGAAGAAACCUUUCCUUAAGGACUACAACACAAAAGUUCUAGUAGGUCUUAGUGCUAGCAAAUCCAGAAACAAUAAAAGAAAAGGAAACCAGGCCUCCUUUCACAGAGGAAAAAUCCUGGUCCUUUCUCUUGAGUACAUGGAGAGCUCCUUGGAGGGAUCCCAGGACCAGGGCUCUACCGGAAGUCACUCCCUCAACCCUUCAGAGACUGAGGAUCUGAAAAGACUUGAAGGCACUCUUUCACCCUUCAGCUGGAAAACCAAACUGUCCUGGGUAGAAACUCUUCCAAGAUUCUCACAUUGCUUAAGGCCAUGAAACCGGGGUGUUACCGAGGAGGAAGAGCUCCAUUCUGAACAUCUGGGACUGAUAAUCUUCUUGACUUAUAUUCCUCUGACCUGUCUUCUGCUUAGAUCUGUCACCUGCUUCGGC